AUUGACUAUUUCCGAAUUGUUUGAGUCGUUUUUUUUAUUGUUUUUCCUCCGCUCCGUCUCCUGCAGAACAACACCAAGACAACAUCCGGUGGAGAGCGGAAACAGCAGAGACCAGGGUUUAAUUCUUAUUCUUUCUGUGGGCAGAAUAGCUCAUAAUUCAGAUAUCACAAGUUAUUUUGACUCAUAGACCGCGUUUUAACUAGCCUUAACCUAGUCAAGUAUAACCCGGUUCGUGGAUCACAGCUGAGAAGGCAUGGAUCGAGAUGUUUGUGUUCGGUAGGAGCGGGGAGACGUAGGACGCGACUGCUAACAGCUAGCUCGGCUAGCUCAAGCUAGCUCCGGCUCGGCUGGAUCAAGCUAGCUCCGGCUCGGCUAGCUUCGGCUAGCUCCGGCCAGCUCCGGCUCGCUCCUGCUCGGCUAGCCCAAGCUAGCUAGGGCUCGGCUAGCUACAGCUAGCUCCGGCUCGGCUAGCAUUAGCUAGCCCCGGCUCGGCUAGCUCCAGCCUAGCUGUGUCUGGUGGUUAGCACACGGUGAAGGGCCAGGGGCUCUGGGUGAACAACAGCAGAUGCGCCCCGGGAUGACGGGGACCCAGGGCAGCCCGGUCAAGAGCUACGACUACCUGCUCAAGUUCCUGCUGGUCGGGGACAGCGACGUGGGGAAGGGGGAGAUCCUGGACAGCCUGCAGGAUGGCUCGGCCGAGUCCCCGUACGCCUACACCAGCGGUAUCGACUACAAAACCACCACCAUUCUACUGGAUGGGAGGAGAGUGAAGUUAGAGCUCUGGGAUACCUCUGGGCAAGGCAGGUUCUGCACCAUCUUCAGGUCAUAUUCCCGUGGUGCACAGGGCAUCCUGUUGGUGUAUGACAUCACUAACGGCUGGUCGUUUGAUGGCAUCGAUCGCUGGAUCCGAGAGAUCGAUGAGCACGCUCCCGGCGUGCCCAAGAUCCUGGUGGGGAACCGGCUCCACCUGGCCUUCAAGCGGCAGGUGCCCACGGAGCAGGCCCGCGCCUACGCCGAGAAGAACAGCAUGACCUUCUUCGAGGUCAGCCCUCUGUGCAACUUCAACGUCAUCGAGUCGUUCACCGAGCUGUCGCGCAUAGUGCUGAUGAGGCACGGCAUGGAGAAGUUCUGGAGGCCCAACCGAGUCUUCAGCCUCCAGGACCUCUGCUGUCGCUCCAUAGUCUCCUGCACCCCGGUCCACCUCAUCGACAAGCUGCCCCUCCCGGUGGCCAUCAAGUCCCGCCUGCGCUCCUUCUCCAUGGCCAACGGCAUGAACGCCGUCAUGAUGCACGGACGCUCCUACGCCGUCACCGCCAGCCAGGCGGGCGGCGGCGGCGGCGGUGGCGGCGGCGGCGGCGGCGGCGGCAGCAAGGGCAACAGCCUGAAGCGCUCCAAGUCCUUCAAGCCCCCCCAAAGCCCCCCGAAGACCACCUCCUCCUCCUCCGCCUCCUCCUCCUCCUCGUCCUCUAAGGGGAACUGCAAGAUAUCCUAGGGGUGGUGGGCGACCCCCCCUGUCGGGGCGGGGGGGUCGUAGUGCCACCGGGGUGGGAGGGGGUGCUUGCUGCAGCCAGGGUUGCCAGAUUGGCUCGGGGCCCAAUCGCAGCCUGCGUUGGGAGUACUGCCGUGGGGCUACGCUCUUUGAUUGGCCGCUGACAUGGAGCGGAUCGGUUUGAGGUUUUCUACAGAACGGGGGCCAUCUUGGGAGGGCCUCUCAGAAUCCCAGUGGAUUACUGGGAGGUUACUGGUGCUGGUGGGACUGAGAGGCGGUGUGUGUGCGCCCGUCAACGCUCCGAUGGAUGGACCCUGUCGGGGGGGGGGGCGGGGGGGGGGGUUGUGAUCACAUGAUGAUUGUAUGGAUGAGUUUGGUCGUUCUCUGAACAACCGGUCCUGUGUUGUUGAAUUUGGGGAAUUCUGUGUUUUUGAAUGUAUUGUAUCAUUAACUUUACUUUUUUUCGUUUACGUGUUAUUUAUGCUAACGGCAGCCUGGGGACUCCAGGAAUAAUUAUUAGAUGCCUUUAUUUACCUCUUCAGAUGCUUCCGUUCAUUCCUAUUGGUUAAAGGGGUGUUGUUGCAUGACAUCACCCCUUUUAAUACGUGUCAAACCGACCCCUGUUGUCGACCAAUCACAGACAGGUCACUGGUCACCAGUACCUGCUCACAGGCGGGUCACUGGUCACCAGUACCUGUUCACCAUUCUGCCCACAGACAGGUCACAGGUCACCUGUACCUGUUCCUCACAGGUGUAUUCUGGGUCUCAAUGCUACACUGCGGCCAAACGGUUGGAUUGAUCGAUGUGGGCUUCUGUAGGUCUCUACUCAACCGUAACGCACAGGCCCAGCUUUCCAUGUCUAAGAUACUUUAAAAAACGUUUUUCAGAAAUGUCCAACUUUUUCAUUAUCGUGCCAUCAUUUUUUUUUAUUUUUUUUUUUAAGUCUGAUUGAAAAUUGGAUUUUUAGAAAUAUUUUUAACAUGGUCAUUUUUAACUGUCCAACUUUCAUAAACUGAAUCUUUAUCUCGGCCUUCCUAAGGUUGGAAGUCAGUUUAUAUACAGGGUCACAAGACAUUUGCAUUUCUUAUAAAGGAAAGUUAAUAAAAGAAAAUGUCUUUGGAGAAAGUGUUUUUGUGUCUAUGCGGCUUCAUCACUUGUACUUGGAUUCGUUUUCACCUUCCAUCAGGAUGGGUUCUAUUUAUAGCCUGUCAUAAAAGGCAUUUCAGGGCCAUAUUUCAUACUUUUUUUUUAGUUCUAAGUUUAAAGGCUGAAUUCUGACUUUAAACUCAGAACUCGCCACCUUUUUUUUCUAAUGUGGCCCUAAUCCUCUUCCAUACUUUGCCAUUAAGAAGUAUUACAACUAUACUUAUUUUGUAUUAAUUACAAUCGAUAUGGCAAAAAUAAAUAAAAGGGAUGAAACAUAAAGAUGCCCAAGUCAGGAUUCCCGGUCAAGUUCCACAUGUCUCUCUGAGAGAUUCUCAAAACAUUAGUUUAUUUCACAAAGUCAAUAAUUGCUAUGUCCUUUGCUUCAGGGUGGACUCUGUCUGCGUUGGGAAGUUAUACUUUAUUCUAACCAGUAACAACAUGGAUAAACAUUGCCCUACACAGGGCUUAUCUUAAUGUAUUUUGUUGAUUUUGAGGGACACUUUUAUUCAUAUCUUAGUGUUGACUUGGAACUGAAACAGGACACCCACACUUGUGUUGUUUUAAUAGAAAGUGAAAUGAGAAAGUGGAUGAGACAUAUAAACCAAUGUUGCCACGCCAACAGGCUUGUCAGUUAGGCUGUAUAUCAUAUUCAGUUUGCUGUCAUGUCGGGGCAUGCAAUGAAACUAUCGUUUGAUAAAUUGCGUGACGUUUAAUUCCAUGGCAUAUAGAAUCAGAUGAAGACAUUCCCAUGAGACCAGCAUAAUCAAUCAAUCAAUCAUCAUCAAUAGGCCUGUUUUGAGUGCAUUUUGAGAUGCACUAUUGCAACACGGAACUGACCAAAAAGUACUGGGUCUAUUGUAACAAAGAUGACCUCAAUAAACA